AUGUCGUGGUCAUUUGCACUCCCUCAAGUGUUUUUCACCUCCCCAGUCCUGGCUGUAGCAACGCCUAUUGGGGUGGGAUCCCUGGUGGGAUAUCUGGUCAACAGCCGCACAAAAGAACUCUACAGCCGUCUCCGCCAACCGCCCCUACGCCCUCCCGCCUGGGUCUUCGGGCCCGUGUGGACCAUCAUCUACGGAAUGAUGGGCUACGCGGCCCACCACGCAACAACCUCCGCGACCCUCCUCACACCCACAACGGCAGUAGCCUCGUCCCAAACGUUGUACACGACGCAGUUGAUCCUCAACUACCUCUGGAUGCCGUUGUUCUUCGGUGCGCGGAAACCUGGGUGGGCCCUUGCGGAUAUCGUAGCUCUGGGCGGUACGGUCGGGAAACUGAUGGCAAUGUGGUGGGAUAUCGAUCGCACUGCGUUUUGGAUAUGCUCCCAUAUGCGGGUUGGCUCUGCUUUGCGACAUAUCUGA